AGAAAAACGCCCCGCCUCUUGGUUGCCACAGAAAACGACAGAAGACAUUUGAGGUGGUCCAUGCAGGUUUGAGAAGACCAUUAACAUGCUGACAGCACAGAUGGUUUGUGCAGCUUUGGCUGCCCGGUGCCUGAUUCGAUCUUCUGCCUCCUUAGGAUACACGUCUCUGUUUCACACCACCUCAAAACACAUGGACGAAGUUGAGCUGAAUCCUGAGUGGGUCAGUCUGGCUAAGAAACAACUCAAAGGGAAGAACCCGGAAGAUCUGAUUUGGCAUACACCCGAAGGAAUCGAUAUCAAGCCUGUGUACAGCCAAGCGGACAUGGCCGGGAAUGCAGAUGAAUUGCCGGGAGUGUUUCCCUACACUAGGGGUCCCUAUCCUACCAUGUACACCUACAGACCAUGGACGAUCAGGCAGUACGCAGGCUUCAGCACUGUUGAGGAGAGUAACAAGUUCUACAAAGACAACAUUAAAGCUGGACAGCAGGGUCUCUCUGUGGCUUUUGACCUCCCGACACAUCGCGGUUAUGACUCCGACAACCCCAGAGUCCAUGGAGAUGUUGGCAUGGCUGGAGUCGCAAUCGACACAGUUGAAGACAUGAAGAUGCUCUUUGAUGGAAUCCCACUGGACAAGAUGUCUGUGUCCAUGACAAUGAAUGGGGCAGUCAUCCCUGUGCUUGCCAUGUUUAUCGUGACUGGAGAGGAACAGGGCGUGUCCAAAGCCAAGCUAACUGGGACCAUUCAAAAUGAUAUUUUGAAGGAGUUCAUGGUCCGCAAUACCUAUAUUUUCCCCCCGGAGCCUUCCAUGCACGCCAUUGCAGACAUCUUUGCAUAUACUUCGAUGAACAUGCCAAAAUUCAACUCUAUAUCCAUCAGUGGCUACCAUCUUCAGGAGGCUGGAGCAGAUGCUAUCCUAGAAGUGGCCUACACCAUUGCCAAUGGCUUGGAGUACUGCCGCACGGGUCUGAAAGCAGGCCUGACCAUUGAUGAGUUUGCCCCAAGGUUGUCAUUCUUCUGGGGUAUUGGAAUGAAUUUCUACAUGGAAAUCGCCAAGAUGAGGGCAGCCCGGAGGCUGUGGGCCACGCUCAUCCAAGAGAAGUUCAAGCCCCAGAACAAAAAGUGUCUCCUCCUCCGCACUCACUGCCAGACAUCAGGCUGGUCUCUCACUGAACAGGAUCCGUACAACAACGUGAUCCGUACAGUGAUCGAAGCCAUGGCGGCUGUGUUCGGGGGAACGCAAUCUCUCCACACCAAUUCGUUCGAUGAGGCGCUGGGCCUGCCCACGGUGAAGAGUGCUCGCAUCGCCAGGAACACCCAGAUCAUCAUCCAGGAGGAGUCGGGAAUCCCCAAGGUGGCUGACCCCUGGGGUGGCUCGCAUAUGAUGGAAGCUCUUACGGACAGCGUCUACAAUACAGCCCUGAAGUUCAUUCAAGACAUCGAAGAGAUGGGCGGCAUGGCGAAAGCUGUGUCGGAGGGAAUCCCCAAACUUCGUAUUGAGGAAUGUGCUGCACGGCGACAAGCCCGCAUCGAUUCAGGUUCAGAGGUUAUUGUCGGGGUGAACAAGUACCGUCUGGACAAGGAGGAGACAGUAGAAGUGCUGGCCAUAGAUAACACGAUUGUACGGCAAAAACAGAUAGAAAAAUUGAAAAAGGUGAGGGAAAGCCGUGACCCUGAGGUAGCCAGAAAGUGCCUGACUGCCAUUGAGGAAUGUGCCCGAACCAGAGAGGGCAACCUUUUAGCCCUGGCUGUGGAGGCGUCUCGAGCCAGAUGUUCUGUUGGCGAAAUCACCGAUGCCAUGAAGAAAGUGUUUGGUGAACACAAAGCCAGCACCAGGAUGGUUAGUGGUGCUUACCGCAGUGAGUUUGGGGAGCACAAAGAGAUCACCGACACUCUCAAUAGAGUUGCUGAGUUUAAGAAGCACGAGGGUCGGAACCCUCGUCUGCUUGUUGCAAAGAUGGGGCAGGACGGUCAUGACAGAGGUGCCAAAGUCAUUGCCACAGGAUUUGCUGACCUGGGAUUUGAUGUGGACAUUGGGCCGCUCUUUCAGACUCCUCGGGAGGUUGCCCAGCAGGCGGUGGAUGCAGACGCACACUGCGUUGGGGUCAGCACGCUCGCCGCUGGUCACAAGACUCUGGUUCCAGAGCUCGUCGUGGAACUACGCAACCUCAACAGGCCGGACAUCCUGGUUAUCUGCGGAGGCGUCAUCCCACCACAGGACUACGAGUUCCUGUAUCAAAGCGGUGUGUGCGCCAUCUUUGGCCCAGGAACUAGGAUCCCAAAAGCUGCAGUGGAGGUUAUCGACAACAUUGAGAAGAACCUAGAAAACAUCCGGGCGGCCAUGUGAGCUCAAGAAGAAAGUGACUCUUCUGUAAAAAUGUAGUUUGACUUUAAGAAUGUAAGUAUUCAUGUUUGUUUAAAAAAAAAAAAAAGGGUUGAUCCCCCCGCUCAUGUUUGAUUAAUAAAUCUGUCAGAGUUGUGAUUGUAGCCACA